AUGACCGUUAAUUUUGAAAUCACUGAAGAGCAGCAGAAACUUUUAAGUAGUAUAAAACAUUUUUUACCAGAAAUAAAAUCGGAUUACAGUUUGGAACCUACCAACACUCAAAUGCAAACCACUCCUGACCAAUCAUUUUAUAAAAGUCCUAACAAUGAACCUCAUACUACUUCAUAUUCUUUAGAUCCAUAUUCAGCUAAAAAAAAUGAAACUAAUUAUUCUCCACAACCAUCAACGUCUACUACAUUUUUAACAGACCAACCUGAAAAAUACAAUGUUCCUCAAGAAAAGCCUAAUAAAUACAACAAACCUCAAGAAGAGCCUAAUAAAUACAGUAAAACACAAGAUCAGCUUAAAAAAUACAAUAAAAAGCAAGAACAACCCAGUAAGUAUAAUUUACCUCAAGAACAACCCAGUAAAUACAAUAUACCACAAGAGCCACCUAAUAAAUACAAUAUAUCUCAAGAGUUGCCUAAUAAAUAUAAUGUAUCUCAAGUGCCGACUAAUAAAUAUGUAUCUCAAGACCCAUCUAAUAAAUAUGUAUCUCAAGACCCAUCUAAUAAAUAUAUGUCUCAAGAACUGCCUAAUAAAUAUAGUGUACCUCAAGAGAUACCAAAUAAAUACAGUGUAUCUCAAGAGCCACCAAAUAAAUUUAAUAUAGCGCAAGAGGAACCUAAUGAAUAUAAUACUGCUGAAGAGCAAUCUAAUGAGUACAAUAUAUCUCCAGAGACACCUGAUCCGUAUUCAGCUAACCAAGUAGAUAAUUACAAUGAUCCCUACUCACAAAAUCGAAGUAACAAUUAUUACCAAGGGCAACAACAGGAUUCUUAUAAUAAAUAUCAUCAAAAUGCUUCCAGUUAUUAUAAAGGCAAAAAUACAUAUAAAACUAAUAAUACUUAUCCUGACACAUACCAAGGAACUCCUAGAGAAAAUAAUAGAAAUAAUCGAUUCAAUCGUGGUCAAAAUAAUCGAUUUCAAGGCAGACGGUAA